AUGGGGACACUAUCGCUUCUUCUGGUUUUACUGAGUGGGAUCUUAGCCCUUGAGAAUGGUAAUGUUAAUGGAGGUGUUGCGUUGGCUCAAAUGCCAGCUUGCGCACGACGUUACCACGCAGAGUUCAAGAACGGAAUUACCCAACGUUUUGGCUCGAGUCCUGGUCGAAAAGGCUUUGAUACAAACGACGAUGAUAUCGAUGUAAAAGUUGGCGCUAAGAUUAACAUCGCUGCCGACACCAAGACGAACGCCUACACCAACGCCGAAAUCAUCGACGAGUUCAACCAGCUCAUCGGAAACACGUCCACAGGAACGCAAAAGUCGACCCCAAGCCCGACCCAAGCUAGAACCCCAGUUCCAAACAGCAAUCAGUCAGGCGAGGGGCUCAUCACAGGCGCCAAGGCGGGCAUUGGUGUUGGUGUAUCCUUUGGCGUUGUCGGAAUGGCCUGUCUUGUGGCAACUCUGUGGCUCAGGGCACGAGAGAAGACCCCUCCUGUCACACCUAGGCAAGAGAUUCAGGAUGUUGGCAAGAAUGGGUUGUCGCCUCCAACGGUUCAGCCAUUGCAAGUAUCGGAGAUUGAUGGACGUGAGGCUCCACGGGAACUACCUGCUUGA